AUGGCGACCUGCGGAAAUCCGACUGCUGCCGCUUCUUUCAAGUUCGAGCGUCUGCCGACAGUUGCCGAGCCGACGCACUACGAUAUUCGUCUGUCGCCAUGUCUCAACCAGUUAGUUCAUUCUGUCCGUUCCCAGUAUCAAUGAAUAAUGUUUCAGAUUUUCUUUUGAUGGUGUCGCCACCAUUGACGUCAACAUCAAGGAGGCCACCGCUACGCUCAAGCUGCAUGCGCAGAGCCUGCACAUUCAAACGGUCGCUGUCAUCGCCGGACCGAAUUUCAUUCCAAAGACCGUCAGCACCACUUACGACGACAAGCUGAACAUUGUCACUGUUCAAUUGCCCGGAAAGUUGCAACCACAGAAGGUGCAGCUCGUCUUCAAAUUCGUCGGAGAGCUCAAUGACAAGAUGCGUGGAUUCUACCGUAGUCAGUACAAAAACAAGGAUGGAACUGAGAAGUUCCUUGCCUCUACUCAAUUCGAGUCGACUUACGCUCGCUACGCCUUCCCGUGCUUUGACGAACCAAUCUACAAAGCGACGUUCGACGUUACUCUCGAAGUGGAGAACAAUCUGACUGCCCUCUCCAAUAUGAACGUCAUCUCGGAGACACCCACUGAAGACGGCAAGCGCAAGGUCGUCAGAUUUGCAACCACUCCCAAGAUGUCUUCGUACUUGGUUGCGUUCGCUGUCGGAGAGCUGGAAUACAUCAGCGCGAAGACGAAGAGCGGAGUCGAGAUGCGAGUUUACACUGUGCCUGGCAAGAAGGAGCAGGGCCAAUACAGUCUGGAUCUCUCUGUCAAGUAUGCUCGAAUUAUCAAAUUCUUAUUUUACCUUGUUCUUUCAGGUGCAUUGACUGGUACAACGAGUGGUUCGACAUCGCGUACCCUCUUCCCAAGUGUGAUCUGAUCGCUAUUCCUGACUUCUCUAUGGGAGCCAUGGAGAACUGGGGACUCGUUACUUAUCGCGAGAUCGCUCUUCUCGUAGACCCAGGAGUCACCUCUACUCGCCAGAAGUCUCGAGUUGCGCUUGUCGUUGCUCAUGAGCUCGCUCAUUUGUGGUUUGGAAAUCUUGUCACCAUGGUAAGUUGGAACACUGAUUAGGCUUUAUAAAUGGUCGUUCAGAAAUGGUGGACUGAUUUGUGGCUGAAAGAGGGAUUCGCUUCAUUCAUGGAAUACAUGUUCGUUGGAGCGAACUGCCCAGAAUUCAAGAUCUGGCUUCACUUCCUCAGUGAUGAGCUUGCUUCCGGAAUGGCGUUGGACUCGCUGCGCAAUUCGCAUCCUAUUGAAGUCGAAAUUGAUAAUCCGAAUGAGCUUGAUGAGAUCUACGAUUCGAUCACCUACGCCAAGUCCAACUCUGUCAACAGAAUGUUGUGCUACUACCUUUCGGAGCCGGUCUUUCAGAAAGGACUGAGAAUCUAUUUGAAAAGGUUUCAAUACUCGAAUGCGGUCACACAGGAUUUGUGGACUGCUUUGAGCGAAGCUUCUGGACAGAACGUGAACGAGCUCAUGUCGGGAUGGACUCAGCAGAUGGGAUUCCCGGUUCUAAAGGUGUCGCAGAGACAGGACGGUAACAACCGAGUGAUCACUGUUGAGCAACGGAGAUUCAUCUCUGACGGAGGAGAGGAUCCUAAGAACAGUCUGUGGCAGGUUCCAAUCACCGUUGCCAUCGGAAGUGCUCCAAAUGAUGUCAAGGCUAGAUUCUUGCUCAAGGAAAAGCAGCAAGAGUUUGUCGUUGAAGGAGUUGCCCCGGGAGAGUGGGUCAAGCUGAACUCUGGAACCACCGGAUUCUACCGUGUCGAGUACUCGGAAGAGAUGCUGUCUGCUAUGCUCCCUGAUAUCGCCUCCCGUCGAAUGCCUGUUCUCGACCGAUUCGGACUCAUCAACGACCUCUCGGCUCUUGUUAACACCGGACGCGUCUCUAUCGCUCAAUUCGUCCAGGUCGCGGCUUCCUCGGCUCUAGAGAAUGAAUACGUUGUGUGGGGAGCCAUUGACGAGGGAAUGGGCAAGCUGCUGGGAUGUGCUAGAGAUAUGUCUGAAGACACUCUCAAGAGGUUCGUUUUCUGUUAGCAAUUGAAAGAAACCUUCUUUGUUUCAGUGCCAAGCAGUUGAUCAUCAAGAUGUUCGAGCAGACUGGAGCGCAACUCGGAUUCACUGAGCAAUCGGGCGAAGACUCGCAGACAAUGAUGCUCCGUUCGUUGGUGCAAACCCGUUUGGCGAGAGCCGGACAUCAGCCGACGAUCGAUAGAUUCACGCAGAUCUUCAACGACUUCCUCGAGAAGGGAACUCCGAUUCACCCAGAUAUCAGACUAUCAACCUUUGGAGUCGUGGCUCGCUUCGGCGGAAAAGAAGGCUUCGAUAAGCUGAUGAAUCUCCGGGAGACGACCACAUUCCAGGAAAUCGAGAGACAGACGAUGAUUGCCAUGUCGCAAACACCGGAGCAAGAGCUUCUCUCUCAGCUUUUCGAAUACGGAUUUGAGAAGAACAAGGUCCGUCCGCAAGACCAACUAUACCUGUUCGUUGGAACUGGAUCCACGCGAAUGGGACAGGAUUACGCAUGGAAGUACUUCCGCGAGCACAUCAAGGAGUUCCUCGACAAGUACGGAGGAGCCAACUCGAGUCUGUUCCAGAGAUGCCUCAAGUUCGCCGGAGAGACGUACGGAUCGGAGCAAAAGGCUGUCGAGUUCCAGGACUUCUUCUGCAACUGCAAGGAGCUCACUGACACUGACAGACAGACACUGGCACGACCCAUUGGACAGGUAUACACAGAAUGAGAUGAAUAUCUUAACCGUUCUCUAUUUCAGACCGUCGAAGCAAUCCGUCUCGGUGCCCGUCUUCUUGAGGCAAACCGUAAAGUCAUCGAGGACCUUCUCAAGCAACACAAUCUCUAA